AUGAACAGUUUAAAUGCUUGGCAUUUCAGAAUUAUUCAAUUUUUUCAUGCUAUUAUUAUUAUCUUAUUGAUUUAAGAGAUCUUAACAAUUUCAUGCUAAAAAUUAUAAUCAAAUAAACAACUAUUAGUUAUUAAUAACUUGUAAAAUAUUAAUAUGAGUUCUAUUGAAGAAUAAGAUGAAAACAUAGAAAGCUAAUUUGUCGAGCUAGAAAAGUUAAUUGAAAAAAUAAAUAAUGUUGAGGGAUAAUAAAGAUAAAAUAGAAUUAAAAAUUGUGAACUUAAGCUGAGAAAUAUUUCUACUGAUUUGGAAACCUUUGACUUCGAAAUAAGUAAUUUAGAUAGACAUGAAGAAGAUAAAUAUAGAGUAAAGCAUGAAAAGUACAUUAAAAAGCUUAAAUUGCUAAAAAAUGAGUUUGAAUUAAAGAAGAAUGAAGGCAAUGAAGCCGCCGAAAAGCUAUUUGGAGAUAGAAAAUAAAAAUAUCAAGAAGAUUUAGAAAAAGUUGAUAUUAAAAAGAUGGAUUAGGACUAGAUGAUUUAGUAUGCAAACGAUGUAUAAAUGGAUGGUGAAAAAAGACUAAGGGAAAUAGAAGGAGUUUUGGUUGAAGACAUUGAAAUAGCUAAUUAAAUCACUAUCGAAUUAGAUAGAUAAAUAGAUAAGCUAGAUUCAAUUAAUUAAAAUGUAAUGGACACACAAAGUAUGUUAAAAAGAACAGGAAAACUAAUUACUUAUUUUGCUAAAUAAGUCUCCACAGAUAAAAUUCUCAUGUGUCUCCUAUGUACUAUUGUUGUAGUAAUAGUUGUACUCAUUAUUCUUUCUGCUACAGGAGUUGGGAAUGGUAAAUUUCAUAUUCCAGUAUGA